AUGUCGCAGGCACUUGCAUUUGCCCUCUCCCGAGUGAUGCCACCAAUGCCCCCUGUUCGUAACGCAGAACCCCCCUUUGACGACGCAAAGGCGGACAUCAUCCUUCGCGCCAGCGACAACGUGGACUUUCGCGUCUUCAAGACUAUCCUCUCCCUCGCCUCUCCACUCUUCAAAGACAUGUUUAGUCUCCCCCAGCCUUCUACCGAUGAAGUACCACAAUCCCCCGGUGAUGAAUAUCGCGACGGCUUGCUCGUCAUACCAUUCACUGAGGACGCUCUGACCCUCGACUUCAUCCUCCGAUCUUGCUAUCCUGUUCGAUCGCCCAAGAUCAACGGGAUAAAUGAUCUACCCAAAAUCCUUAUCGCUGCGCGAAAAUAUCAGAUAGAGGUGUUUGAAGGGGUCGCAGAAAGCGCACUGGAGGCUGCUAUUUCGGAUGACCCUGUGGGCGUGUACGCUAUCGCUCUUCGGUUCGGUUUGCACGAUGUUGCAGACAAAGCCGCUCGUAGGACCGUCCAUUAUCCGGUCCUAACGUAUUCCGAACCACUUAUGAAUGUCUCUAUACCACAAUACUUCCGACUAUUGAAGUAUCGAGACGAUUGUGCUAUCGCAGCCACUGCCGUGGCGGAAAGCAGGGCCUGGUUCGAACCCUGUCCCAAUAGCCUUUGGCAAAACGCUUCUUCAUCAUGCGAUUGUUACAUGAGAGACAAAGCCAUAGUCAACGGCGGGCGAGUGUGGAGCGCGCCUGACUUUCUAUGGGAUUUCCUCGCGCGUGCAGGGAUUGGGCUCAGGGAUCGUUCCUUCUGAGCAUGGUUGGUCGAGGAUCUAGAUUGGGACAGUGCCGUGACCCAAUGGAAGUCAAGGAAAUGUGCCCAUCCGUAUGGAGGGGGAAAACAACUCUCGGACGGGAUGGACAAGUUUCGCAGAAUUUUUGCGCAAGCGGUCGAAAGAGCAGUCGAUGCAGUUCCCCUGCCCCAACAUUGAACAAAUGCUCAGUCACAAAGCCAACCCCGUUCAGCAAAAUAUUUGUUUCUUUUUUUGUGAUCUCCAAAGUCACUGCCUGCCGAACCAGUCGUAUCGGCAUGAAAUUUCCCAUGUUCCCAAGUCACGCUCUUGUCAUCUAUUUUCGUGUUCUAACUUUGUGCUAUCCAGAUAGUCCUGUUAUUUAGCCAUGUUAUCUUUACUCUCCAAGUUUGCGUUCCUCCCUUUCAAAUGUGCAAUCAAUUG